UUGGCUGGACUUGGAUAGGUGCUGUCCGGUCGGAUUCUGACUAUGGCAACAAUGGCAUGGCGUCUUUCCUGCAUGCAGCACGUAAAGAGGGGAUCUGUGUGGAAUACUCCGAGUCUUUCUAUCGGACCCAUCCACGUAGCCGGAUCCAGAGAGUAGCUGAUGUUAUCCGCAGGUCAACGGCUAAGGUUGUUGUGGCAUUUAUUUCCACUGGAGAUAUGAAGAUUUUGCUGGAGGAGCUGUCACGCAAGCCUUCUCCACCUCGCCAGUGGAUAGGUAGUGAGGCCUGGGUAACCGACCGAGACAUGCUGAGGUUCAGCUUCCUUGCUGGAGCCAUAGGAUUUGGUAUUGAAAAAUCUGUCAUCCCAGGUCUGAGGGACUUCCUGCUGGAUCUCUCUCCCUCUAAAGUGGCUGACUCCCCAUUGCUUACCAUGUUCUGGGAGGAAGCAUUCAACUGCAGGCUGGUAAAAAGUGAAGCCACAGACAGGAGUGUGUGUGAUGGAACUGAAGAUAUAAAGAUGCUCCAGAGCUCAUACACUGACACAUCUGAACUUCGAAUCACUAAUAUGGUGUACAAGGCUGUCUAUGCAAUAGCCCAUGCCAUUCAUAAUGCAGUGUGUCAGAAAACUGAUUCUACUACACAGUGUGAUAUGUUCACUAAACUAGAGGCCAAAGAGGUCAGUAAAAAUAAUGAUGUUCUUUUUAAACUGCACGUCUAUGUUAUCAAAUGA